AUGCUCAAACUCACCCUCCCCAUCCUCCUCCUCACCCUCCUCCUCUCCCCUCUCUGGGCCAGUGCAACCCCCGCCGACUCUGCGGGUCUCACCAAACGCGACGCCUCCUCCGUCCUCGCCGCCGUCACCACCAUCACAACGCAACUCACCACCCUGAACAAGACGGUGAGCGCCUACCCUGGCGGCAUCGAGGGCUCGCUCAGCGCGCUGCAGAUCCAAGCCGAGACGAUCCAGCUCGAAGUCGACCUGAAGGCCGCGAUCGUGGCCGCCAAGCGCUCAGCCAACUUUUCCGACACCGAGAGUCUCAGCGUGGCGCAGGCGUUCGUCGCGCUCGAGCCGACCAUCGCCUCCACCCUCGCCAAUCUGGUCGCCAAGAAACCCGAGUUCGAUGACGGGCUGCUGGGCGUGGCGUCGCUGAGCUUUCUGGUGGAGUGGGAUCUCGAGCAGUUGAGCUUCUUGUCGAGUCAGUUGGGCAAGGCUGUGCAGGAGAAGUUGUCGGCGACGUAUGCCACGUUGGCGCCGUUGGUGUUGGAUCAGAUUGCGGCCGCGUUUGCGAGUGCGAUUCAGGCUUAUCAGUAG